AUGUCUCCUUAUGCCUUAGUAUUUGGAAAAACUUGCCACUCACUAUUAGAAUUGGACCACAAGGCAUUUUGGGCAGUGAAAAAGUUGAAUUUAGAUCUGGAAGUCACGGGAGAAAAUCAAAAGCUGCAACUCAACAAAUUAGAUGAGUGGCGGCUUAAUGCAUAUGAGAACAUGAAGAUUUACAAAGAAAAGACCAAGCGUUGGCAUGACCAACCCAUCGAUAAGAAAGAGUUUUUAAUUGGUCGAAAGGUCUUGUUAUUCAACUCACGUUUGCGACUGUUUCCAGGAAAGCUUAAAUCUAGGUGGUCCGGGCUAUUUGUUAUCAAAGCAAUCUUUCCUCAUGAAGCCGUGGAACUCACUCGAGAGGAUGGCACUAAUGCCUUCAAAGUAAAUGGACAGAGGGUUAAGCCAUACAUCGAAGGGAAUAUGGAACGCUGUAAGACAUUCAUCGAGUUACAUGAGCCAGCCUGA